GCCAUCCUUUCACGACCACGAGUAUACACAGUCUUUUUCGCAAUGUCUAGCCUAGGUGGCACGACAUGCCAAAGCCCGCCCGGGGGCAGCAAGGUACGUUCUGUUUUCUGGGUAACGCGUAAACCCGACCGAGAAGAACUCUCGCAGAAUAGGCUGCCUGUGACUUGUCGAGAAAUGAUAUAUGCACUUAUACCUAGGAAAAAGCCACCCACCUACAUCUACGAUUGUCAAUGUCGAAAACACAACAAUGGAAUCCGAGUAUCAAUCAAUCACGGCCGACAUCACGGAGGAAAAAGUGGAACGGGGGGAGGUUGAGAAGAGGCCUCUGAAGUUUCCGUGGGUUGGAAUCGCAUGGCGCUUCACGGGCUCUCUGUUCUGUUUUAUUUUCAUCAUCGUCAUGCUCUGGGGGUACGAACGCAUGGGUGUCCUCAGUUCUUGGGACCGUCGAGGAUUCAACACGCUGAACAUUCUCUUGUCGGCGUUUGUGAGUUUGGCGCUGGGUUCGUUGCUGACGCUCCUGGGCCACACGCUCCGUUGGUAUCUCCUGCAAAGAGAGGCAGCAACUCCAGGGAACGUUGAUCUUAUUUUGGGAAUUGGCGAACCGACCGGCUCUCUCAGGCUUCUUUGGGGCCACACUUGGCGUGGCAAGGGGUGGACCAGAACAACGAUUAUUGUGCUGCUCUACUUCAUUGCCUCGAUUCUUGCUCGAAUCAGCGUCGCCGGUCUGGGCUUGACAUUCGAGUUGAACGAGGAGGCCGGGGUCGAUUACCCGGUCAUGAUGACGGAUUGGAGAGAUCCGGGAUGGAUAACAGAACCCGAUCCCCGAGAGACCCUGCGCAGGUUUGUCGACUUUGCUUCGGUUGGGCUGGCAACAUCCCCUUUAUCCCUGAACAAGUCAGAUCCGGCAUCAUGGACCACCGAGAAUGUCGACGGGCUGGGUGUGAAUCGAACAGUGGACGGCCGCACGCUCACUUACACCUUCUCCCUCAAUGAGUAUCGCGGUCUGGAAGUCGAACCCAAUAAAGACCAUGUCGUCCACAGCUCGUCGAGCUGCAUCGUCCGGAACUUUUAUAAUGGCACGGUUUACCAGGAUGGGAAGAGCGUGGGAGAAGUCACGGCUACAAAUAUGGAACAAAUCCCACGUGAUGAUCCCGAGUACUUGCAGAUACUCUCUGGACUUCUUUUACAUUUUCCAACGGCGUUUGUCGAUUACAUCUGGACUGCUGGUAUCAACGAGGAGACAAUCGGUCAGAAUAUGUCAGGGUGCAUGACGACUUGUAAGUAUUCAACCCCCCCCCUCCCCCCCUUCUCUGAACCCUUGCACGGAUCAUUGACAUGGGAUGGGACAUGUACCCAAAUAGACAUAUACAGGGAAGAUCACCUAAGCUGGAAGGACUUCAACAAACGCAACGCCAGCUAUUUCGGAUGCACAUCCUGCCUCUCCACUUCUUCUGCGCACUCUGGAUCGUCAUCCGAGCCUCGGGCUGGCUUGUCUCCGGCCGUCUUCUCGGAACUCAUCCCAUCGUCCAACUCGUCCUUUGCAACCUACAUGCUUCUCGGCAUGGGAACAUACGAACGCAUCAACCAGUACAUGGACCCUGUCAACCUAUUCACUCGCAUUUAUUCAGCCAUGGACAAACAGACCCACCUUGUCAACUAUGCUGGUCAAGGCUUGCCCUCAAUGAAGACGAUGUCUGACUGGUAUCUGAGACCGGUCCCCAUCGCGGAAGAGGUCUAUGUCGCCCACUUGGCUGCAAGGUUACCCCUCUUGGGAUUCGUCGGUGCUCAGAGACAAUUACCAAAGAUCACGAAGGAGAAGGGGGCGUCCGAGAAGCCGUUUAUUCGGACGGUGCUGCAGGUAAAGUGGAGGAGAGUCAUGGCCGUCAUGAUUGCUAUUAAUGCUUCGGCUGUGUUUGUCAUUUUGGCGGUUUAUUUGGCAUGCAGGAAGGUGAUGAUUCCCAAUAAGGGGCGAGAUAGCCCCCUGCUGACGGCGAGGUUCUUGAAUGAGUUUAUUGCUGGCAGUUGGGGGAAGACUACGGGUGUGGACACCAUGAGGGAGAUUGCGGAGAGGACGAAGAAUGUCAGGUUGAGGUAUGAGACUAGGGGGGGUGAGUUGGGGAUUUGGCCUGUUGGUGGUGAGGAAAGUCGUGUACUUCCUACCUCUGCUCCUUAGCCUACUUCAACUGGUGCAAUUAGCUUGAAGUCUGUUAGAGGGGCGAAGUUCCGCAGGGGGUGACCAAGAUUUGAUCUGGACGAGAAAGAACGGAGUGGAUGAUAGUGAAGAGUCUUGUCCCACAGGCUCGUUUUGGACAUGGCAAGAAUCAUGGAUAAUUAAUACGUAAUAAUAUUUUUUGGGGGUUUUCAUGCUCAAUUUUGGCUUUUCACAGUGGGCAAG